GGGCAGGGGGAGGCUGGGGGGAUGUCUACCUGCCUGCCGUCUGGCGGGGGAAGGGUUAACAACCAUCGAGCUGGCAGCCGCUGCGGUGCAGAGCGGAGCCGGGGCUGGGGAAGGAGAGACCGAGAGAGGGGCCCGGGCACCUUCCUGCGCCCAGCCCGGCGUGUGCACCGUAGGAUUUUCUGUUGUGAGCUCCUGCGGAUGUGACCACAGUCGGGCCUGGAGGAAAGGACAACACCGAAGAGAAACCAGGAAGCAGGGAAGAAAGAAGGGGAUCCCUGAAGCUGCCUGGGAGGAGCCAAAGGGAACAGUCCUGGUAGCGAAGCCAGGCUGCACACAGUAUUCUUGUCAGCAAGUUAAAGAAGUAUGGGCUGGAUGAAUGCACUAUAAGGCUCGUUGGAGGAUUGGCCACGCCCAUAACCCCAGGCUGCUGGAGCCCCGCACCGGCCACGCCCAUGGGUGAGAAGGCCAACACGUGCCCGUACUGUGGCAAGGGCUUCCGGCGCAGCUCCCACCUGACCCGGCAUCUGGGCACCCACUCAGGCGGAGAGCAGCGCUCCUAUUCCUGCAGCCACCGUGGCAAGGGCCCGGCCCUGGCUCCGCCGCCGGUGGGCGAGCGCCCCUUCACCUGCACCCACUGCGGGAAAGCCUUUGGGCGCAGCGCCCACCUGGCCCGGCACCAGGAGACCCACUCCGGCGAACGCCCCUACAAGUGCACCUACUGCGGGAAAGCCUUCGGGCGCAACGCCCACCUGACCCGGCACCAUGGCACCCAUACUGGCGAGCGUCCCUACCAGUGCGGCAUAUGUGGCAGGGCCUUCACCCGCGACGCCCACUUGACCCGGCACCAGCUCGUCCACACCGGCGAGAAGCCAUUCCAGUGUGGCGUCUGUGGCAAAGCCUUCACCCGCAGCGCCCACCUGGCCCGGCACCAGGGCACCCACACGGGCGAGAAGCCCUUUGAGUGCGGGGUCUGCGGCAAAGCCUUCACCCGCGACGCCCACUUGGCCCGACACCGGGCCACUCACACCGGCGAGCGCCCCUACAAGUGCGCCGACUGCGGGAAGGGCUUCGGAGCCACCUCCCACCUCCUCCGCCACCAGAGGACCCACCAGGAGUAGCUGCCCUGGCGUGGAGCGUGGGAACCAAGGGGCAGUGGUUCCCACACCCCCCAGUGCCCUCCUCCAUCAUCGGACGAGAGGACAUGGGAAUCGGGGGUACCAGUUCCCACACUGCCACCUUGUGGGGUGUCUCUCCCGUAUGGGGAACUGAGGGGGUGUCAGCUGUCACGCCCGCUCCUGCUGGGGCACUCCUCACCCAUGGGGGGUGUGGAACUCAGGGAGUGCCAGCUCCUAUGCCACCUCUUCCCAGAGUGCUCCAUCUUCCGGGGAGGGCGUGGGAACCAAGGGGGCACCAAUUCCCACACUGCCACCCUCUGGGGUGCUCGUCCCCUGGAGGGAGAGCUGGUGCCCCUGCUGACACACACUGACAUGCUCCUACCCCCCUGGGCUAGGGUUGGGAACCGAGAGGGGGGCAGCAUUCCCUGUGCCCACAUCCAAGCUGCUGCAACGACCGUACAGGAGGAUCUGACCCAGAGUUGGGUUCCGGGCAUCCUUGGGGCGUGGAUGGUAAUGUGGGCCCCCUGGGGAGCACACAGUAUCACCGGCCCCGCAGCCAGAUUGCCCUGCGAACGGACGAUGAUCCAGCCCUAUCUAAAACCUCGUCCGGACAGAGAGAUUGACUGAAACUGCAGCCCCAGGUGGGUGCACUCUUCCGAGGGAAAAGGGACUCAAUCCCAGGACAAUCACUCUGCCCCCAAAGCAACCCCCCUGCCCAGCCCUGGUGGCAGGCUCAGAUGCCUUCUGCUCUGCCAGGCCAGUCACAGGCGCUAGCCCCCUCAGCCCUUGCCAGGCUUGGCCUCACCCCUUCCCAGCAGGGCGAGCCAGCCCCAGGGUGCUGGCCCUUAGAGGAGCAGGCCAGCCUGGUCCAGGGAGUGAAUCCAGAAUAGCUCUGUCAGACGGCACUAGCCAGCGUGGAGAAGUUAGUCUGGAACAGCCAGGCCAGGCUGCUUCCCUCAGUGUAGACAUGGUGUGAGAGCGCGCACAGGCAGCGUGCCAAGACAAGAACAGCGUGUGUGUGUGUGAGAGAGAAACCUUUUGUGCCUCUGUGUGUGUGUGUGUGUGUGAGAGAGAGAGAAACCUCCUUGUGUGUGAGUGUGUGUGUGUGAGAAACCUCCUUGUGUGUCCGUGUGUGUGUGAAACCUCAUGUGGAUGUCCGUCCAUUCAUGUGUGUGAAAUGUCAUGUGUGAAACUUCCUCCCACUUAUCCAUGAGUGCGUGUGCGAUAAACCUCCUUAUGUGUGUAUAUCCGUGUGUGUGUGGAACUCUGCCAGAGGAUGUUGAGAAGGCCAAGACUAUAACAGGGUUAAAAAAAGAGCUAGAUACAUUCAUGGAGGAUAGGUCCAUCAAUGGCUAUUAGCCAGGAUGGGCAGGGAUGGUGUCCUGAGCCUCUGUUUGCCAGAAGCUGGGAAUGGAUGAUGGGAUGGAUCACUUGAUGAUUCCCUGUUCUGUUCGUUCCCUCUGGGGCACCUGGCAUAGAUCACUGUCAGGAGACAGGAUACUGGGCUAGAUGAACCUUUGGUCCGAACCAGCAUGGCCAUUCUUAUGUGUGUGUGAAACCUCCUGGAGUAUGUGUGAGAGACUUCCUGCCAUGUGUGCAGGUGUGAAACCUCCAUGUGUGUGCAUGUGUAUGUGAAGCCGCCUCUCCUGUGUGUGUGAAACUUCCUAUGUGCAUGUGUCUGUAUGAAACCUUGUGUGUGUGUGUGUGUGUGAAACCUCCUCCUGUGUGUGUGUGUGUGAAAUAGGGUUGCCAAUUUUGGCUGGACAUAUUCCUGGAGGUUUCAUCACAUGACAUAAUCUUUAAUUAAAGAUUGAUCUUUAAUUUCUGGAUACUCCAGGACAGUCCUGAAGGGUUGGCAACCCUAGAGUCAAACGUGUGUGUGUGUGUGAGAGAGAGAGAGAGAGCGAAACCUCCUUGUGUGUGUGUGAGAGAGAAUCCUCGUGCGCGUGUGUGAAAGAGAACCCUCCUCCUGCAUGCAUGUGAGAACCCUCCUGUGUGUGCAUGUGAGAGAGAACGCUCCUCGUGCAUGUGUGUGUAUGUGAGAGAGACAGAGAUACAAACAAAGACACGCACAUGUGAGGGAGGAGGUUUUGUUCCCGAACCUUGGAAGAGGGGUGCACUUGCUGUGGGACCAGCAGGUCUCUGUGGGGUUGUCAGAGGAGCACAGAGGCUGCAGGAGGAUAUUUCUGGCCUCUACCCCAUCUCUGCAUGGAGGCUGUGUGCACACUGCACUGUAAACCUGGGUCUGGAGGAGCUGGGCCUGUGCACUCUGUGUGUCCAAGCCCACACCGUCUGCGUUGUAAACCUGAGUUUACAAAUGCUGGCCCCGAUCCCCCAGCUGGGCUAGCAUGUCCACACUGCACUGCGUGGCCCUUCUGCCUUGGGGCUGCAGCUUGAGCUGUAUCCACACUGCAAGAUGCUGGGGCUAAGACCCGUGUUGCAGCAGGACUCGGGCUGGGACCCCCCCCCCCACCCCAGCUUUGGUCAGGCUGGCCCCAGCCAGCAGGGCCCUGGGCCCUGAGUGCUUGCUGAACCAAGUCAGACCAACAUGUGUGUGGACGGCAGGGGGGCCUGGGGCUCAAACCUGAGUCAGAGCCAGGCUUAGUGUGCAGUGUAGACACACCCUGAGGGAGCUGGCCAUUUUCCCUCAGUCAAAAUGGCUGCUCUCUCCUGUUUUGGGGGGGCGGCCACGAAUGAAACCAGCCUGUGCUGUAGAGCGUGCCCCCCUACAACAACCCAUUGAGGGGGCCAGGGGCAGGAAACAAGGGCAAGGGGAUGUGGGGGGCAGAAA